AUGCAAAAUAAGGCCCGUAAAAGAACAUUAAAACAUACUUUUUCUUAUCUUACACAACCAGUGUCUUUACACAUGUCAGAGUCGAUUACAAGUGUAUUGAAUGACUCGUCCUUAGUGCUUUAUAGAGUGAAUGAGCACAUUCACAAGAAAGUACCACAGUUAGUUGAGGAAAAGCGAGCACUGGCUUCGACAUGCAAGAGCGUCGAGACAGCUAACCAAGACCUAGAAGAUGCACGACAGAUCAUCUCUAGUAUGCAAUGGCUAACUGAGUUGAGCGAGAUUGAGGCUCUUGUGAAGCGAGCAUUGUCAUGA